AUGAAACAGCAAAAUGCGCUUGGCAUCAACAGGAUUCGCCUUGUCGGCGUCACAGAUCGUCGCCGUUCUGACCCUCUGGCGCCCGGCCCGUCAUCCAGUCUCGCACCUGAAGAUUCGACUGGCGACGUCGAUGCCGCAGCGGACGGUUUUGACGAGCUCAUUUUCGAAGAUGAGUCUUAUUGCAACUCCGACGGAUACACUGCCGCGGACGUCGUUGAUGAAGUGGAUGAGGACUCACCGCUAGAAAACGAUGUCAGAGGCAAGCGUAAAGUCACUGGCUUACCUCCCAAGAAGUCGCAUUGGACGCCAGAGGAGUUGACCGAGUUGGCGGCUGCCAUGUGGAUGGCCAAGGACGACUUCGAUUCCAUGAAAGGGAAGCAGGGCGCUCAGUUCUGGAAGAAGCUGAGGCGUGUAAUGCGUAUCGCCAACCCUACUUGGAGGCGUCCCUCCAAGGCAAUGUCGAAGCAGUGGCCUCGUCUGAAGCAGCGUAUGGACGAGAUCUUUGCGGAGGAAAACACGACCAGAAUUGAGCCGCAGCCUCGUCCGGAAUGGUUCCAGUACGUCGACAACUGGUGGAAUGCAAACAUGGCGCCAAACCCGCACGUUGUGGAUGAAGAUGCAAACGCGCCAAUGCCUUCAAUCCCGGUGCGUCGUCGCGCCACGGAGUCCGCCGCAUAUGCCGGGCAUAUGCUCGUUGCGGAGACUAUGGCGCGGAGUAUGGCAGAGCGCGGUAACAGGCAGGAUGCUCCGUGGGACAGGCAAAUUGCAGUCCUGGAGCGCAUGGCGCCAAUGCCUCCGCACAACACCGUUCCGCCAACACAGGCACCGAAUGCCGCCGGCAAUCGCAGCGGCACUCCUUCACCCGGAACCUGCGCUGCAUCUGGAUUUACUACACCCGCUUCCUGGUUUCCCCCUCGCCCCGCACCUCCCACUCAUGUGCCCUCUCCGCCUGCGAUGGCUCCCUUCGCAACCCAGAAUGUUGGCGAUACGGGCACCGCGAGGCAGCUGUACGCGGACCCGUCCUUCCUGCAGCAUAUCCCCGUGCCGAUCGCCAUGGAUAGCAACGGGCAGUGGUUCUUCACUGCUCCUGCGGCGGAGGGACCUCGCCCUCAUGGCGCCUAA